AUGCAUUUUGCCCUGAUAAUGUUUCUCCUAUUUGUGAUUUCUUCACACUGCAUCUUAGUUAUUGCUCUAGAUGCUGUUAUGGUUGCAAUAAAUUGCAUUGAAUGGAUUAAAUUCAAGCGCUUACAUGUUAGGGACAAAAUCUUUACCUGCCUUGGAUUAUCUAGAAGUUUUUUUCUGUUGACUUACCUGCUGACUAGUUUAUUCAGUAUAUUUGUUUCACAGAACUAUUUGUUUCCUUUUAUCCAAUCACUUUUAUUGGCUGCUGGAAUGCUGUUUAACUUAACCUACUUAUGGAGUGCAACUGCACUCUGCGUUUUCUACUGCAUAAAAAUCUUAAACUGCAACCAUGCAUUGUUUUUAUACGUAAAGACGAGGAUUUCAAAGUUCAUCUCAUAUGUUGUUUGCGUAUCUUUAGUAGUGUCACUUCCUUGUAGUUUGAUGUCUGGCUGGAAUUUGUUUUCCUCCCUUAAUGCAAGUUUAGCAAAUCAUACCUUGAAAUACACUACUGAGCAGAAUACUGUAUCCAAAAAUGUCGAUUUGGUAUUUUAUUUGUACUGUACUGGAUCAUCUCUGCCAUUUGUAAUAUUUUGCAUUGCCAUUUUCCUUUUGAUAAGAUCUGUUUGGAUGCACGUUAGACAGAUGAAGAACAGUCAAAACAGUUUUCGAAGUCCAAACUUUGAGGUUCUCCUCAGUGUAGUGAAAAGUAUGAUCUGCUUUAUUGUACUGUAUAUGAUUAUUCUUCUAUGUUUGAAUUUGUCACUUUCAGAACUUCAGCCAAAUGGAUAUCUUCAACAAAUAGUCUGUGCUAUAGUGUUCUCUAUCUGUAAUUUACUGCUCUCAUUGAACCUUAUAUAUAUCAAUAAGAAGCUAAAACUUGCAUUUCUCGAUAUUUAUCAUUGUCUUAUGACAUUUUUUGUUUUGAACACCAAUGAUUCAAACAUGACAUAG